AUGCGGCGCCGGCUGGUAAGGCCAGUGCUUGCUGAGCGUCCACUACCGCAGAGUGGUAUAAGGAACAAGCCACUUGCUGAAGGAGAAGAGCAGGCCGGUCGCCAUGCCCUCACCUUCAGCCAAGGAGAAAACCGACGCCCCGGACCGUCUCUCACGGCUCUUCAGAUCCUGAUCGCGGCCGCUCCGGCUCGGGUAGUCCCGGCCACAGCCGCUCCAUCACCCAUCACGCCAAGGGAGAUCCGUACACUCCCUCGGCCCAAGACCACAGUCACGUCCAGCAUCGCCUCAGCCGGCCACCUGAUUCGCACCAACUAUUUGCGACGCAUCUCGCCAACGACGCCACCCCGACCGUCGCUAAAGCGCGCAUUCCAUUCGUCGCCUGAGGGGAAGGGUGAAGAUAGCAAAGAGCCUCCCGGCGUGAAAGAGGAUCAAUUCUCCAUCGGCCAACCUCCGACUUUCCAGCGUCAGCCGCUGCCUGAGAUUUGGAGAGUUGGGAAGCUCUCAUACCUCGAGACUCAGCCUGCUCAUGCGAAUGUGGCGGACGGCGGACAUGAUGCGGGCCGGGGCUCGGGAGCUGCCGCCGAAGAUUCGAUGGUCACGAUCGAACUGUCGAGCGUACGAGUAGGGGAUAAGGAUAGGGAAGAUGUGCCUUUAUCCCCUGCGGAUGGCUCGAACCACUACCCCAGACUCUCGAGUGCGGAGAGCUCGAGUAGCCGCUCGACCUGCUCGAGUGACUGCACGAGCUGCCGAGAGCUGCGUGAGCCCGCCGCCGUUAUCCCGGAAGCUGCCUACCCUUUCCUUCCGCCACCCACAAGUGCCGUGGCCCCCGCUCACGACGCGGUGUACUACACGGAGGAUCAUGUUGCGCCUCGAAGGCAUCCCAUCCCUCUCAGUCCCCAGCUUUCUCCCGCAACGCUGUACCGCAGAUGUAAUAAUCCGAACUGCGAGCGGUGUGCCCAGUCCAGUCUCCAGAGCACCGCCACUGCAUCAGACCGGCUGCUCGAUAAUCCGAGCGACACGCAGAUGGCCGGGCCUGCCGCAUCGGUCGCCUCCACCGCUGCUCCCUCUUCAAUGCCCUCUUGUAUGGGAAAGCACUGGUCUCCAAUGCACUCUGACAUUUACGUUCGAAAGGAGUCCGCUGAGCCAUCUGCACUCAACGUGAACGUCACCGUGAACGUCGGUGAUGGGCUCGCAGGGGCAAUUAAAACGCUCACUGAGGAGCUCUCAUCCCUCAAGGUGGUUUUGGCAUCUCGCCCAGCCAUCCCAGUGAACACUUCGCCAGCCCUUCAGAAGCCACCCGUUGUCAACGAGUCCAACGUCAAGACCUCCGCGGUGGCUGGCCCACCAGCUCCGCCCGAGCUUCCAGCUGUCGCUAAGACCACCGGCGCCGCACCUGCUCCCGAUGAUCCGUGCACUCCCACGGAGCCCAAGCGGGCCUCCUCCGGAAUUGGAGGUCAGUUGAAACUCGCAGCCCGGGCCAGCUCCCCCUCAGCAAAGCGCCAUCACUCGACGCCUCCGAGGGCGGCGUUGCGAGAGCCACAAGGGCCCGUUUCGGACUCUCCGUCGUCUGACUCCGCUCCCAAGUCGCACCGCACUUCGCCGUCCGAAAGCCAGAGCUCGUACUACUCCAGCAGCUCCGAUGCCGACACUUCCGGCCAAACAUAG